AUGACAGAGCAGCUAAAGAACGAGAUACUAGUUAAAAUACCUAGAAAUGAUAAGCCAUUGGCAACUAUUAUAGAAGGCAAAUGGUAUUAUGUUGGAAAGAGCGGCAGACCAACUUUAAAGCUAACCAGAACACAUAAAAGGAGAGUCCAUAGGCAAUACUGCACCUUCCUCAAGAAUAAGAAUAACACACAAGUACUUCUAGAGUUGGAACCUUCACAAUCACAAGCUCAAUCUGGACCUAUUCUAGCAGAAGGUCAAGAAGAUUGGAUUGAAGAAUAUGAAGAAGAACAAUUGGAUUACGAACCAUCUGCAGACGACUAG